GAAUGCAAAAAAACUUGUUGUUAAAACACCGCAAAUUUUUAUUAAAAAAUAAAAAUAAAAACAAAUUCGUAUCCAAGCAUAUUAAUUAAUACAUCGCUUAGGGAAAAUAUAUAUUGAAACAUUUUACAAUAUAAUAAAAUUGAUUUGAAUACAAUAAAAUAAUGCAAACUGUGUCGAAUGGCAAAAAUAAGCCGGGAGUUAGAACAGUUUUUAGAUAUCGUAUGUAAUUUAAAAAAUGCAAAAUAACAAAAAUAUUAAAAAAAGAGACUCUUUAAUAUCUAGACAGCAACACAUAAUAGAGGAGCUAAGUGAAAAUGGUGUAAUACAAUACAAUUGUACCGCCUGCCGGAAAACUUUUCGCAGUCGUUCCCAAAAAUAUUACCACUUGAAUUGUAAUCAAUUGCAAAAAUGUUUAUACCAGUGUGAGCAUUGUGAUAAGAGUUUUGUACGGAAGACCCAAUGGAAAUAUCACAAUGAAUCCCACCUAUCUCCUAUCAAUGAAUGUAAAAGGUGUCAGAAAAUAUUCUCUAAUCCAUUAGCUUUAAAGAAGCAUUUGUCUUUGCAUAAAGUAGAGCCAAAAUUAUGUCCACAUUGCAAUAAGAGUUUUAAAAAGAAAAUCUCACUGGAGGAACAUAUUGCUGCACAACAUCUAAAUCAAUUACAAUAUGGUUGUGCUUAUUGCAGUAAGAAAUAUGCUUCGAAGUCUACGCUGCAAUUGCAUUUGCAAUCACAUGAAAAAAAACGCUUUGAAUGUACAUUUUGUGGAAAACAAUUUCAACGAAAUUCAAUAUUAAAACUACAUUUAAAACGUCACAACAAUUCAAAUGUAAUUUGUAAUAUCUGCAAGAAAGUAUUCAGUGAAUCGGGGGCAUUGGCUAGACAUAGUAAAAUACAUGAAGAAAACGUAGUGCAAUAUCAUUGCAAAUUGUGCGAUAAAAAUAUACUUAGAAAGGACAAUAUGAUGAGACAUUUAAAUACAAUACAUCCGGAUGAAAAGUUUAAUAAUAUUGUUGAAAUAAUACGACCAAUGAUAUCGAAUACAAAUGUAAAUCCUAAGCAUUAUAUUAUAGAAAGUGAAUCAUUUGAUAUUGAUUCUUUCAAAGAGAAACAUAAACAUAACCCAGAGAAAAAUGUUGUUAUUAUUGAAAAUAAAUUACUGCAAAAACCUCAUGAGCACAAUGACAGUAUAGUUGCAAUUUCAAAAAACAUCACAAACGAACAGAUACAGACGUAUGAUAAGUCGAAAUAUCCUUUAAUUAACCAAAUCAAAGUGAUUACUGCAAUUCAAACAUACGAAAAUGAAAUAUUUCAUGAGAAUAAUAAAAAUAAUAAAAUUGUAGAUUAUCACCAACAAAUAGAUUAUACAAAAAAUUAUGCAAAUGAAACAAACUGUGAUUUAAAGGCAAUAACAAGUAAAAAUAUUGGACAAAGUGAAAAUAAUAUAGCAGAUAACUCACUAAGCAAACAAAAAUCUCAAAAUCAGACUGAAAAUGAAACUAAAAAGCAAGACUCCUUUAUUGAUAAAGAUUAUUGCGUACAACGUAAACAAGAUAAAGAACAACCAUUACAGAUUUAUGAACCGCCAAAAACACAAACUAUUUCUUCCGUCAUUAGAUCUGUUGGAAAUGCUAAAAAUUUAACAUGCUAUUUGGAGGCACCUGCUACACCAAUUAAGCAAACCUGUUUGGAAUAUAAACAUAAAAAAUAUUGUCGUAAUAAUUACAAUAUUGACUUAUAUCGUAAAAUAUUGGGCUGUGAUGAAGAAGACGAAGAAGGCAAUGAAGAAAAAGAACAACCAAAUUGCAUGCUUACGCGACAACCACGUAAUGAUUUGUGUGAUAAUCAUAUGCUAAAAUCAUCAACAUCAGCUGCAGUACACUGGCGUAAAAGUUUUAAAAAUAAUUAUGAAACGUGGUCAACAUAAAUCAUGGUAAGUUAAGACAUAUGUAUGAAUAUGUGGAUAUUUUUUCAAAUUGUUGGUUUAGCGUGCAUAUAUUGUGAUUAUAAUUUUCAGAAUAUAAUUUUCGAGCCUUUAAAGUAGAUAUGUAAAAAUAUUUAGAAUUCAAAUAGAUAGCAAAGUCGAUUUAGCUAUAUAUGUAUGUCUGUCUGUAUGAAUGUCGAAAUACAUUUUCUAAAUACUUCAGAUAUCUUUGGUUUCCAAAUGUUCAAUAAUUCUAUGAGAUAUGAUUUUGAUAAUCAUAUUUGGUUCAUUCUGAAAAAAAUCUAAAAUUUUUAUUAUAUCUACAUACUACAUAUUUCGAAUAUGGUAAGAAUUGUGAUUUUUGGUUAUUUUACUCCCAUCUUUACUAUUUAUGAACAUAAAUAGGAAUUUUUCUAUAAAAGUUAAUAGAUCAAGAAAUUCUAGACCUUUAAACAAAUAAAAAUGGGAGGUUUGUACACAAAACCGACAAGAUAUAUUUAAUAUAUGAUAUAUUUUUAGUUCAUUUCAUUCUGUACUUAUACAUUUUAAUUAAUAGCUUAAGCUAUUUUUUAGUUUUAAAUACUGAAUAUGAAUAAGAAUAAUAUGGAAUAAUUUAAGAAAAUGUAUAUAUGUUAUACUAACCUCAAAUAUAAUAAUAAACAAAAAUUUUAGUUUUAUAUUUGGCUGAGCCAAAUCUACAGAAUAGAUAACAGUCCAUAUCGUUUGGAACGGGAACUUUUUUGAAUGUGGCUAGAAAAUAAUAUAUUUUAUACAUUUUUUUUAAUUAUUAUAUUUUUACUUAUUUAGUUAUGGGAUAUUGAAUUGCAAGUAAUAACCAGGGCAAGGAUUUCUAUGCAAAUGCAUGUUUGUAGUCUGUAAAUCAAAAAACUUUUAACUAGUUUUCUUUUCGAAAUAGUUUUGGUUUCUCUGUGUUUCAUAUUUUUACAACAAAUU